GACGACUUCUGUCGCCAUAUUGUCAUGUUUGUGAAUGUGAAAUUGUGAAGGUGUUUUUGUGAGGUGUUUGCUCUAAUAAUCGAAAAUUAAUAUUUAGGGAUUUGUUGCGGCUUAUCCCUAUAUAAGGCGCAGGGUGCAUCGCCGCAUCUUUUGAAACAUGAGCUAUCAGAUACCAACUUCACAAAGCCGUACAAUGUCACACAGUAAUUAUGGAGGUUCGGAUGUUCCAAUGGCCCCUAGCAAAGAGCAGCAGACUCUUAUGUGGCAGCAGAAUUCCUACUUGGUGGAUUCUGGUAUCAACUCUGGUGCUGCAACUCAGGUGCCAUCACUUACUGGGAAGGAAGAUGAUGAGAUGGAGGGAGAUCAGCUUAUGUUCGAUCUAGAUCAGGGAUUUGCACAAGGGUUCACACAAGAGCAAGUUGAUGAUAUGAACCAGCAGUUGUCUCAGACACGGUCUCAGCGUGUCCGUGCGGCAAUGUUUCCAGAAACAUUGGAAGAAGGCAUUGAGAUUCCAUCUACUCAACUUGAUCCUGCUCAGCCAACAGCUGUGCAGCGCUUGUCUGAGCCCUCCCAGAUGCUCAAACAUGCUGUUGUCAAUCUAAUCAACUACCAAGACGAUGCAGAUCUGGCAACCAGGGCCAUACCAGAGUUGAUCAAACUCCUAAAUGAUGAAGAUCAAGUUGUGGUCUCCCAAGCUGCCAUGAUGGUACACCAACUGUCCAAGAAGGAAGCAUCUCGACAUGCCAUAAUGAACUCGCCACAAAUGGUUGCUGCUUUAGUUCGUGCUAUCUCUAAUAGCAACGAUCUUGAGACAACAAAAGGAGCUGUCGGGACUUUGCACAACUUAUCUCACCAUCGUCAGGGCUUACUCGCCAUCUUCAAGAGUGGGGGAAUACCAGCCUUGGUGAAACUCCUCAGCUCUCCUGUAGAAGCUGUGUUAUUCUAUGCUAUAACAACCCUGCACAAUUUGCUGUUGCAUCAAGAUGGCUCCAAAAUGGCUGUUCGUUUAGCUGGAGGGUUACAGAAGAUGGUCGCAUUGCUACAGCGCAAUAACGUGAAAUUUUUGGCAAUUGUUACUGAUUGCCUUCAAAUUCUGGCCUACGGCAAUCAAGAAUCAAAGUUGAUAAUCCUGGCUUCCCAAGGGCCGAUUGAACUGGUACGGAUUAUGCGCUCCUACGAUUAUGAAAAGUUGUUGUGGACAACAUCCAGAGUACUGAAGGUGUUAUCUGUGUGCUCCAGCAAUAAACCAGCUAUUGUUGAGGCCGGUGGUAUGCAGGCCCUUGCCAUGCAUCUUGGCAACCCAAGUGGGCGAUUGGUGCAGAACUGUCUUUGGACUUUAAGAAACCUGUCUGAUGCUGCUACAAAGCAGGUGGAUGGGCUGGAUGCCUUGCUGCAGAGCCUUGUCCAAGUGCUCGCUUCAACAGAUGUCAAUAUAGUGACCUGCGCUGCUGGCAUCCUAUCCAAUUUGACUUGUAACAAUCAACGGAAUAAGGUGACCGUAUGCCAGGCGGGCGGCGUGGACGCCCUGGUCCGCACCGUGGUGUCGGCCGGCGACCGCGAGGAGAUCACGGAGCCGGCCGUGUGCGCGCUGCGCCACCUCACGUCGCGCCACGUGGACAGCGAGCUGGCACAGAACGCGGUGCGCCUGCACUAUGGGCUGCCGGUCGUGGUGAAGUUGCUGCAGCCGCCGUCCCGCUGGCCGCUGGUGAAGGCCGUGGUGGGGCUGGUGCGGAACCUGGCGCUGAGCCCGGCCAACCACGCGCCGCUGAGGGACCACGGCGCCGUGCACCACCUCGUGCGCCUACUGCUGCGGGCCUUCAACGACACGCAGCGGCAACGGUCGUCGGCGGGCGGCGGCGGGGCCCCGGGUGCGUACGCAGACGGCGUGCGGAUGGAGGAGAUCGUGGAGGGGGCCGUGGGCGCGCUACACAUACUGGCGCGGGAGGGACUCAACAGGGCGCUCAUCAGGCAGCAGAACGUGGUGCCCAUAUUCGUGCAGCUGCUGUUCAAUGAGAUUGAGAACAUACAGCGUGUGGCUGCGGGCGUUCUCUGCGAGCUGGCUGCUGACAAGGAAGGAGCAGAGAUGAUAGAGGCCGAGGGAGCCACCGCCCCGCUCACGGAACUGUUACACUCCAGGAAUGAAGCAGGUGUAGCAACGUACGCGGCGGCCGUACUGUUCCGCAUGUCCGAGGACAAGCCCCACGACUACAAGAAGAGACUCUCCAUGGAGCUGACCAACUCGCUGUUCCGCGACGACCACCAGAUGUGGCCCAACGAUCUCACCAUGCAGCCCGAUCUGCAGGAUAUGCUGGGGCCCGAACAAGGGUACGAGGGGUUGUAUGGGACUAGACCUUCAUUCCAUCAACAAGGCUACGAUCAAAUACCGAUAGACUCAAUGCAGGGCUUGGAAAUUGGCAGCGGCUUCGGAAUGGACAUGGAUAUCGGGGACGGAGACGGAGCGAGGCCGGGCGCGGGUUUCCCCGAGCCGCCGCAUGACAACAACAACGUGGCGGCCUGGUACGACACCGACCUGUAGGACGGGCUGGCAUUGGAAUGUUGGUGUUCAAUACAAACAUUCUCCGAAACUACAGAAUCAAUGUGAAAAUUAUGUCACUGUUGGGAAGCUACACUAUCCCCGAGUGACAUAGGCUAUAUUAUAUUUUCAAAAAGCUCCGGAUCCUCAUUGAAACUCCAAUUGUGUAACCCAAGGUGUAAAAAUGACCUUUAAUAUAAUCUACAUCGCGUGCGCUGCGAAAACUAUUGAAUAAAUGAAUGUCUUACGAUUUUGCAGAACACAUCAUUAUCUACAAAAAGUGUCGGCACAACAUGUGUUAGAAGUGUACUUUUAUUUUAAAAAUUUAAUUGAAAUGUUGCGUGCGUGUACGUUCGUACGUACGUACUCAGUCCUGUGGCUCCGCGCCCGACGUCACGGGGGAUCAUCUUUUAUAAACUUAAACCCCGUGUAAGAAUGGUCCAUUGAAUUGGAUAAUGUACUUACUUAUAAUAACAAAAUACAUUAUAAUUUAACUAUUAAGUGCUCACAGGAAGUGUUAACAGGUGUAUUUUAAAAAUCUACUCAAACAUGUUGUACUAAGGCUGAAAUUCCAGUGUUGCAAAGAGUGUUAAAGCAGUAUUACGGUCCAAUUAAAAGAAACUGGCCUUUUAAUAUGUAGUGUUCGUGUCCUGAAUAUGUCCGUAGUGAAGAUGUUAUAAAAUGUGCAGCUAAAUUUCGUUGGCCCGACUUGUUUCCUCAAAACUUAUAAUGGGAUAUAAUGCACACGUGUGUCUUAUAGUCACAAAUAUUUAUGAAGUAUUAAAUGUGACUAAAGCUUAUAAGUCGUGUAUAACGUUCAAAAUUUCCGGCAACUGUUUUAAAAUAACCGGUGUGACGUCAUCUGUUCACAAUUACAGCUUCGUAAUAAUUAGUUCUGUCGUUUUUGAUGUUUGUGAACAAAUGACGUAACAGUGUGCAUGACACGUGACUCGAGACUGAUUUAUUUUAGAUUUUAUUAAUCAAAUAUCAAUAAACUGUCUUCAAAAGAGAAUAUUUUAUUUUUAGUAUUUUUUGCAUAGAAACCACCUUACCUAAACAUAAUCUUUUAUGAACAGUCUACAUCCCUAUUGUAAUGUGGGUCUAUCAAUAUACAUAUAUACACUAUAGGGAUAAUACAAUAUCUAUUUUAUUUAGAGGAAACAAGUAAGCUAACACUGUCCUGAAUCGAAAUAUUAUUAAGUGCCAAUUUAUUGAGUUUAAGUUUUGUAUUUCAAUGAAUGAGUGAGAUUCUGUGCGGCUUCUAGUAUCUUAGGAUUUCCGUUUUUUAAAGUGUAUUUUUUAUUUUGUAUUUGCUAUUUGUUUAUUAUACAAUCCGAUCAAAUCAUUGAAGAGUUAAUUUACUAUAUAUCUGUUUGAUAUACUCUACACCGCCAUAGCUCUGUGAUAUCCUCUAUUGAAGCUUUCAUUCAAAUUGAAUAUUGUAUAGCUUAUUAAGACGUUGUCAAGUAUAAAGUACAAGUGGUUAGUGAAAUACACCUCAUACGGUCAUAACUAUUAAGUGACCAGUGGAACUCGUAAUGUGAAUAGAAUCAAGCUCAUUAGAACCACUCAACAGUCGUAAUAUAUCUGUACAACUUCAUUUGAAUACAUACCGCCAGUUAAGAGAAGAGGGUGCUGGGUUGAUCUAAUGAACAUAUUCGCGUAUUCUAAAAUUUGUGGCGGCUAAGGCUAGGGUUACUAUGGAUGCGAGUUCUGACGAAAAUUUGUUCUGACGAGUUCUGACGGAUUCGUCAGAAGAAACAAACGCCUGGUAUCCAAUGACAGUGUUUACACUGGCAACGACGAACGCGUCAGAACAUGCACGACGUCGUCAGAACCGCUCGAGCGUUGCCAGUGUAAACACUGUCAUUGGAUACCAGACGUUUGUUUCUUCUGACGAAUCCGUCAGAACUCGCAUCCAUAGUAACUCUAGCCUAACCUUUAGGAGCGCACGAUUUGGCCCCCUUUAAUAGCUUUUGUUUGAGUAAUAGUAGGUGAUAAAAAUAUUGAAUUCAUCUCUACUUGCUACUUGACAAAGUUUGAGUUAUCGUUUAGCGUCAAUUCCUUUGCGUAUUCUGGUGCUAAUCCGUGUACAACAUUGCCCUGCGUUGAUUAUAUCGGUUUUAUACGCGGACGUAUAAAAUGCGUAUAAUCGGAGAAUAGGGUAACUAGUGCUAAGUUAUUUGUAGGCUUUAAUAUUAUUUUAUAUUUUUUUUUUAAUUUAAGCGAUACAUUUACGUACGUAGUGAUGUUGUUUUUCAUCGGCUGAAUUAUGUUCUUUAUUUAAUUAUUAUAAGACUGUUUGACCGUGUAAGGCGUAUUUAACGAAUGACUGCCAUUUUUAAUUUGUUUAUCGUGUCCGGGUUACAAACGGUAACGUAUCUUAAAUAGGUUAUCCUUUGUGAUUACAUAUCAAGGUGUCGGUAAAAGAGCGUCAAUAACAGGCUACAAAAUUUGUUCUCAAUAUACUUUUAAUAAUUACGUAUUUAUAACUCGACGCUAAAUAAUGUAAGUCUUAUGUCAAAUCUGCUCUUGGAAUAUUCUAGCGUUUAGAAUACAUUUAGAGCGUGUGCAUAGCGUAGCGGUAAAUAGUAUAAAUGAAUAGUAAUUAUUAUAAAAUAACACAAGGUAACGUAGUAGUUUAAUAUAAACAUCUGUAACUAGAUUAGUACCUUUCUAUAAUAACUUGACCUCGUUUUCAUAGGACAAAAAUAUACAUGAAUCCGGUUUGUUAAGACUAACCAAUUACAUAAAUUUACAAUUGAAAAUGCUCGGGCAAAUGAAAUGCUAUUCAUGGCAAUGAUUCUUUGUUCAAGGUUACAAAAAAGGUACUGAUUAUAUGUUUUUGUAGUUGCCAAAGUAAAUUGUUAAUGGAUUGUAUAGUUACGGUCGCAUAAUCAGUAAAGGUAAUAAAAACAAAUGCCAGCAAUGAAGAGUGGGUGAGUGAGACAGAGCGAUAAUAACUAAAGUGCGAAAGAGACAGACAGCUUGGGGCACUGAUCGUAGAAAUUCUUUCUCCGCGACCUAACUAAUAGAGCAAAUGUACUGUAAUAAAAAAACAUCAUCCCAUAAUUAAUGAUAUGUUAAUCGGAUAAUUAGGAAAUGCACUAACUAUAAAUGCACAAUUUAGAACUAGUAUAAUGUAAUCGCCUAAUAGUAAGAUUUAGUUUACGCAUUUAUACCUCUAGGGUCCUCAUAAUAUAUAAUUUUUAUAUUCUAAUUGUUGACUUCGGCAAUAUUUUAUACAUUUAUAUAAUGAUAUUGCUGAAGUUUAAGAUUUUGUGUCCAUUUAUGUUUGGAUAUUCAAUAAAAAAAUAAAACUAAA